CGAUUUUAGUACAGUAAUUGAAAAUGUGUUCGAGAAAUAGAGCUAUGACUGAUGAUGAGUUAAUAAGAAUACUUGAAGAAGAUAUUCCAUUCGAUUUAUCUGAACAAACCGAUGAAGAGGAUGAUUUUGAACAGGAGGAGGAUAAUAAUACUGAUCACUUUACGGAUGUUUUUGAAAGAAAUUUAGAUAACAUGUUUAAUGAAGACGAAGAAUUAGAUAUUGAAAUGGGACCUGCGGUACCAUCUACAUUACAAGAUAUUACAAAUAUUUUACAUGAAUGCAGGACUUGGAAAAAAAUUGAAGAAGAUAAGAAUAUUGGUCCUUAUUAUUUGCCAGAAGGUGUAAAUUUAGACGAAAUUUCCGAUUGUGAGACACCCACUGAUUUUUUUAUAAAGGUAAUGGGUCCUGCAAUAAAACACAUAACUUUCCAAUCGAAUUUAUAUGCCACCCAAAAAAAUAAAAACUUAAAACUUACCGAAGAUGAACUUUUAUCGUUCUUUGCAUUGAAUUUUUUUAUGGGGUAUCACCAAUUACCUUCCAUUAAAAAUUAUUGGUCAACCGAUAAAGAUUAUGACGUUCCAGAGCUGGCUGUAGAUGAAGCCAUGAUCCUUUUCAAAGGAAGAUCCACGAUUAAACAAUAUAAUCCAAUGAAACCUGUGAAAAGAGGUUAUAAGUUAUGGAUCUUGGCGGAUAAAUGUGGAUUCGUAAAGAAAUUCGAUGUAUAUCAAGGGAAAACCGGUCAAGUUGACAAAAAAUUUGAAAAUUACAAUUUAGGUGAACGCGUUGUGUUAGAAAUGACUGAAGAGCAUUGGGGGAAACAAAAAAUUAUUUAUUUCGAUAAUUUCUUCACAUCGUUACGAUUGUUGGAAAAAUUGAAAGUUGAAGGAACUUUCGCCUGCGGCACUAUACGACAAAAUAGAAAAGGUAUUCCUCCUACCAUUAAUGAUAAGCACAUGAAAAGAGGCGAUUUCGAUCACAAGACAAGUAACACAGGCAUUACAUUCUGUAAAUGGAUGGAUAAUCGACCAGUUCUCUUGGCCUCAAAUUAUAAUGGUAGUAAAGAAACUACAGUAGAAAGAAGAGAUAAAAAAGGGGAAAAACAUCCAAUAAAGUGUCCCGAAGUAAUAUGCGAUUAUGGAAAAUUUAUGGGUGGUGUCGAUCGAGCCGAUCAUCUACGCAGUUUAUAUAAUUUAGACAGAAGAUCUAAGAAAUGGUGGCACCGUUUACUUUUUGGAAUGAUAGAAAUUUCUUUGAUAAAUGCAUAUAUAAUUUAUUGCCAAGCUCGAACUAAAAUGAGCGUGUUGGAGUUUCGUAGAGCUGUCACAAAUGGACUAGCAGUAAAAGGUGCUACUUUACCUUCUACAUCAAGAUUGUCAAAUUCACGCAUCAGCUAUGGUAAUCGUCCGCAAAAGAGAAAAUAUAAUUAUUCGGUAUCUCAAGACUUACGACUAAGUAAUAGAGGUGCUCAUUGGGCACGAUUUGGGAAUCAAAGAGGAAGAGGUGAAUAUACUAUGCUGGUAUUAACAAUGUAG